AGAAGCGAAGCUGAACAGAUCUCUAUCAAUUUCCAUGGCGUCGCGCUCGCUUUUACAUGGUUUCAGACGGUAACUAUCUUUAUUCUCAUAAUUUCCCAAUUCAUGAAAAAAAGGAAAAAAGAAGAAGACUAAAUUAUUAAACUGAAUCCCGUUUACAACUCUCAUCAGCUGCUUCAAAGAGAAGCGACCAGUGGUGCAUGUCCAGGCUGUUGUCGUCGGGUUCCGUCAGGACCGAAGACGUGGACGAUUACCCCAAUGAUUCGGAGACUGAUGAUCUGAAAAGUCGCAUUUUUAGGUUGCGGCUGCCGAAACGGAGCGCCACCACAGUUAUAGAGAAAUGGGUGGGUGAGGGCAACCGGGUUUCUAUCUCCGACCUCCGCCAAAUUUCUAAAGACCUUAGAAAAUCCCAUCGUUUCAAGCAUGCUCUCGAGAUAUCGGAAUGGAUGGUUAGUCGUGAAGAGUACAAGUUAUCAGAUACAGACUAUGCCAUUCGUAUUGACUUGAUGACAAAAGUUUUUGGUGUUGAUACUGCUGAACGCUAUUUCGAAGGCUUACCUCCGACUGCGAAGACUAGUGAAACAUACACUGCUCUUCUCCACUGUUAUGCCGCCGCAAAAUUGACUGAAAAGGCAGAAGAACUUUUUGAGACAAUAAAGGGUUUAAACCUCUCAUUCUCUGCCCUUCCGUACAACGAGAUUAUGACUCUUUACAUGUCAGUUGGGCAAGUCGAGAAGGUUUCUUCCGUUGUUGAAGAACUGAAAAGACAGAAAGUUGCACCAGAUAUCUUUACCUACAAUCUUUGGAUAAGUUCGUGUGCUUCAUCUCUAAAUAUCGAUCAAGUUCAAAGGGUUUUGGAUGAAAUGAGAUGCGACUCUGGUUGCAAUGAGGAUUGGCAGAGAUAUAUUAACCUUGUAAAUGUUUAUGUAACUGCUAGCCGUCUUGCGAGUACCAAUUCGAGCUCUCCGAUUGAAAUCGAGAAAGGCAUCACACAAAGGGAAUGGAUAACAUACGAUUUCCUUGUGAUGUUGUACGCAGGCUUGGGGAACAAAGAUAAAAUUGAUCAGAUAUGGAAAUCUCUGAAAAUGACAAAACAAAAGAUGACAAGCAGAAAUUACAUAUGCAUUCUUUCUUCAUAUCUGAUUCUUGGGCACAUUAAAGAAGUGGGAGAGGUUUUUCAUCAAUGGAAGCAGUCGACAACCACGGAGUUCGAUAUAUCUGCUUGUGACAGUGUUUUGACUGCAUUUGAAGACGUCGGGUUGACGGAGAAAGCCAAUGACUUGCAUGUGCUUCUGAUUCAGAGCAACUGCAGUCCCUCAAACAAGUAGGAAUCUAUUGCAGUUAAAUGUGACUAGGAAACAAAAUUUGCGAGAACAGCUCCUUGAAAACUGUACUUGGAGAGAAGAGAAAUCGAUUACUAUGUGAUCAUUCUUCAACAAAUGGCUGACUAUUGAUACCGGUAAUCUUUCCAUUUAACACCCAUUUUCUGAAAUGUUAGUAGGAUCUACAGAUUCUUGAAACAAACUAUUUCCCUUCUGUGUUCUCUUUU